UGCAGUCGUGUCUGUGUUUUUGAUGACAUUUCUUCACUUUCCAAUGGAUGCUCAUAAAAGGCAUCUUUUUGUGUCGUAGUCGGUGAAUGUUAAACGCAUUUCCGCGUUGGUGUUGAGUCAUUAUUCUGACUUUAGUUCUGUCGCAUCGGUUCUGCUCAGGAUCCGGUCGUAUUAGCCAGUCCGUGUCUGCUGAGGCUGUGACUCAUAGCUAAGCAAAUACAUACAGUGAGCAUGUUUUCACUGAACGUUUUAUUUCCACUAACGUUUGUCCAGUUCAGCUUCACCCAGUCAGUCCAUGGCUGAUCAGCAUGAGUCCAUCGAUCUCAGGUCUCCUCCAGUGGACCCAGCAGCAGCUGCAGGACACAGCUGGUUCCCUGCACCCCCUCCACCCAUCUAUACCUGCACCCUGACACCUGAGCUGGUGGCCAAGGCACGGGAGGAGCUCCAGGAGAAACCAGAGUGGCGCCUGCGGGAUGUCCAAGCUCUGCGAGACAUGAUACUGAAGGAACAGCCAAAUCUCAGGACGAGGCUGGACGACACCUUUCUCCUGCGCUUCCUGCGGGCCAGGAAGUUCGACUAUGACCGUGCCCUGCAGCUGCUGCUUAAUUAUCACGCAGGCCGUAAGGCUUGGCCAGAAGUGUUCCAGGACCUGAAACCAUCCACAGUGAAACAUGUGCUGGACCUGGGCUUUCUCACGGUCCUGCCACAGCCAGACCCCAACGGAAGAUACAUCCUCUGUCUCCGGCCAGGAAAAUGGAAACCAAAUGAUUAUCCCUUUGUUGACAAUGUGAGGGCCAUUUAUUUGACUCUGGAGAAGCUGAUCCAGCCAGAGGAAACGCAGGUGAAUGGUAUUGUUAUCUUGGCCGACUACACCGGAGUGGGCAUGUCUCAAGCAUCCAAUCCAGGCCCGUUCCUCGCCAAAAAGGUUGUGAGCAUCCUUCAGGAUGGGUUUCCAAUCAGAAUCAAGGCUGUUAACAUAAUUAACGAGCCCAGGAUUUUCAAAGGCAUCUUUGCUAUAAUUAAGCCUUUUCUGAAGGAGAAGAUGGCAGAGAGGUAUGUCCUCCACGGCUCAGACCUGCGCUCUCUGCACCGCAAUAUCCCCCGGUCGGUUCUCCCGCAGGAGUAUGGUGGCACCGCGGGCCAGCUGGACAUGGGCGCCUGGUCGAGUCUGCUGCUGGACUGUGAGGAGGAAUUUAUAGUGGAGUUCUGCCAGCCGGAUCCACUAGAGGGCGUGGUACUCCCAGACUCCAUGCUGUUUGAAGGAGAGCAGGCCAGCGGGCAGGACGAUGACACCUUCAGGGGACUGCGCUCUCAGCUGUACUACUGUUACUGAUGUACACUCCCGUCACUGAGAGGACAUUGUCUGUUUCAUUUGAAACAUGUGUGUAGACUUUUACAGGGCAAGUUGCCAAUAUUAUACAUGAUUUAUUUUACUAACUAAGCAGCACUACUAUAGGUGGAUAUAGUCUUUUGUAGUUUACACGUAGCCCAGCAUUUAAACAUGGUUCCAAGGCAGCUGCAGGCUCAGGCAAAGAGGCUUUGACAUGAGCAGGUGCAUGUUUAGCCCUUAUAGAUGGCUUUUAUGAAUUGAUUAUUAUGUAUUACAUUUUUUCAAAAGGUGCCCAUAUGUACGUGGAAGCAGGCUUUGCUUGAUGUAGUCUUUCUCCACCCCGUCUAUAGUGGUCGUUAAAAGAUGCCUUCUUGAAUUGGAACCAGACAACUUUUCAAUUUCCCCCCUCUGUCGCCACAACAUGGCUACCGCUAACUGCCUGGCCACUAACCAAAGCAAUAAAUAAUCAUAAGAAUCCCAAUUUGACAUGUAAACCAGUGCUAUGCAAAGGCAGAGUUAAAUCUGGUGUUAUUGAUCAGUUGGCAAGUUUUGUUAAUUUCAGAGAGGAAGAUGGUUUUGCUCGAGUCUCGCUGGGGUUACAGACUUUGACACCGAUGCUCUCCAUCGAGUGAAUGUCAGCCUGUUCACUGUUGUUUUACCUCAGUUUCUAUCAGUCUUCCCUUCUUUUGCCCUCUCUAUCAGUGGGUUUUUAAAAAAUCUUUUACAGUGUAGAGUUUCCACAGGUAUUCCAGUUUUUCCACCGUUACCUGGGAAUAGCAACCAGGGAAGGGAAUGAGUUGCUUCCUUUGUGCCAUAAUGUAACCUCCAUUCUUGCAGGGACAAAUCGAGCCCUGUGGACAGGCUGAAUAACACAGAGAACCAAUCUAUAGGUGGAUGGUUUCUUUCUCCUACGCUGUGCAGUCAGUAUAUAUUGCAGAAUGAUAUGUAGGGUGAAAAAGUUGUCUAUUGCCAGUUUAAAGGGCCUUUAGUGAAACAGAUUGGACAAACUCUGCUGUCCUCGUUUUGUGUUCAGCUAAAAUCUAAAUUGAGGCUUCAGCAGAACCAGUUAGACAAAUCAUGUGGGUACCAGAAACGCUGUCCAGGGAAUUUCAUACUAGAAACACUGACUUUUGAAGUUACCCACUGUAUUUGGCUGACUGAGACUGUGGAUUUGUCCCCAAUCUCUUCCAUUGGAAGCACACUAGUAAGGGAUCUCUGAAUGAUUACAGCAAGCUUAAAAAAAAAAAAAACCUGUUCCAGUGUAUAUAUGGGCAGUACAGUACUGUCUUAAGGCAGACAUGGUAAAAUAUUAAAUGUGGCCAUAGGUUCUGCCUGCAUGGUUACAUCACCCUACAACUCAACAAAAAAACAACAAAUGGAGACAGUUUUAGUGUAUGUAACCGUCUAAUACAUUGCCUUAAACUGUUGUGAAUCAGUAGAUUUUUCCUAUGUGUCAUGAAUCAUCUUGGAUUUUUGUGAACCAAAGCAAUACUCCUGUGUACCAUCAUCAGGGCUUAUCUUGCAUAAGAGCAGAUGUACAUCACUAUUAGUAAGUGGAAAUAUUAUGGAAGGGAGACUUACCAGUAAACCUUCUUGCUGAAAAUGUAACUCAUGCACUGUUUUCAGGGCCUUUGUUUAGUUGAUCCUUUAGUUUUCUCAAACCUGAAUCGUCUGAGAGGAUUAUUUUUCUAUGUUCAGAUAAUCUGCCUUAUGUUUUUUUUUUAAAAAACCUUUUUUGACCUGUUUGCCAGUGUUUCAUCACUCAGUCUUAACACGGGGCCAUUACUGAUCACAGGAGUCACACGAGGAAGAGAACAUUCAGUCCUGAUUUUAUAGACAUCUGGUUUGCCAAAUUUUACACCCGGCCACGUACAGAAAUGUGCAAUAAAUGUUGGAUCUGUUUUGUUGCGGUAGCCCGAAGCUAACUUGAAUUAUUUCCACAGUCAGUCUUUUAUAUCUUUAUUUUUAAGCAUGUCUGUGAUUAUAAGCUGUAUUGUGUUACAGGAUAUUUAUCGUCGGUAGUGAAGACAGUAAAUUAAAACUCAAACAGAGAAACUGC